AUGCCUGCCGCCGGAGAUACCAUCAAGCAGAGUGAUUUGACGUACACACAUCCACUGGCCAUUGCUUCCACAACAUUUAACAAGAUAACACGGUUCGCUGAGCCGACCACAUUCGAACCAAUUGGCGAGCCACUCGAGCACCCCAAUGACAUUCACUGCAUGGUUGUUUCCAAUGACGGCCUGUCGCGACAAUCUCAUUCGUACAUGGACAAUUCUUCAGACAGUUUACACACAGUCCUUGUGGAGACCAUCGCAGGUUCUAAGCCUCACCCAGCGUGUACUGGGGUACCAUGUGUAUUCUUUGACAAUUUUGAUACGCAUUCCUCACGUCAAUGCAACAACUGCUCCGUUCCUACAAUGUUGCGGUGUCGUGUAGAAGGCUCUCGCAUCAAGUUGAACAUCACGAGGCUAUCUUUUCUCGUUUCUCCAUUGCUCAAGGGCGUGCUCCGUAUCCUUGCAGAAGCGAGGUAA